UAAGGAACUGAAAGAAAAGUUUCCUGAUAAACCAAUUGACAAGGAUAAGAUUCAAAAUCGGAUGAAGAAUAUCAAAAGGAUUUGGUAUCCAUGUUACGACUUAUUCAAAUAUGGUGCUAGUGGCUUUGGUUGGAAUCAUGCUACGGAAAUGUUCACUGCUGAACCUGAAGUUUGGCAACGCUUGAUUGAGGUGAAACCAGAAGCUGCGGAAUGGAAAAAUAAGCAAAUGCGUAACUUUCACAAGUUAUGCUUGCUAUUUGCGAAAGAUAGAGCUGAUGGGCUACUUGCGGAAACUGCAGCUGAAAUGAGAAAAAGGAAAAAUGCUUUUAAUGAAGAGAGCGAAGUUUACACAUCAUUGGAUAAUAUUGAUGAUUUGGAUUCAAUACUUGAAAGUGAUGUUAAUGUGGAAAACCCUUUUACGUCUCAACAAAGUGGACAUAGAAAUACAGCUCAAGGGGUCCCUACUCAAAAUGAAGAAGAAACUGUGCGGUCUCACUCAAUAUCUCAUGACAAGGCAUCCUCAAAGGGAAAAGCCAAGAAGAAGAAGGCUAAAGUUGAUGGAGAAGUUGUGCUUCUCAAAGAAGGACUUGAUAAUGUCGCUCAAGCUAUCACAACUUCAACAUCUGAACUCGUUAAAGCGACCACUCUUCCAAUCUCAGAAAGUGAAGUUUGGAAUUUAUUAGUUGAUUUAAAUAUUGCUGCUGAGCAUCGUAAUGCAUGCUAUCUGUUUCUUGUUCAGAAGCCUGAUAUGCUGAGAGCUCUUCUUGGAUGUCCAGUUGAAAGCCGGAGCAGUCUUCUUCAUGACAUGAUGGCAUGAGCUAGCGAAUUGACGUUUUAUCAUUAUAUUUUUGAAUUUAACGUUCAAAC